GGCACAAAGUUGACUACUCGUGGUGUAUUUAUCAGUGCGAAUCGUGAGAAUCACCAGUGAUUCCGUAUAUAUUAUUAAUAAGUGAGCGAUGGAAAAUGCAGAGGACAUUGAAAGGGUGAAGGAAGAGCCGAACGAUACUUUUCCAGAUGCAGGUGACGAUUACAAUUUUAAUCUGGUAGAAUCUUGCAAAGCCGAAAACGUUGAUACAUCAACGAUUUGUGAAUCAUUGGCAAAUCACAUGAAUGAGACUAUGGGGUUACCGGAACAGUUAGAUGAAAAAAUAUUGAUUGAUGUUGAGUGCAAGCAUGUUAAACCUGAACUGUCAUCUCUAUCGAAAAGGAUCUGCAAAAUUGAGCAUCAAAAUAGCCAAUCGAUCGUAAAAAUGGAAAAAAAAUAUCAGACCAAUGACACGAGUCAAAAUAUAUUCACUGAUGUUGAAUGCAAGAAUGUUAAACUUGAAUUGAAGUCAUCGUCGACAACAAUUUGCCAAAAUGAAUAUCAAAUUACGAUUAUGAUAAUAAUUGUCGAUUUGAGGUUGAUAAUCGAUUACAAUCUGAAGAAUGUGAGGAUAGGGAAAUAUUAA